AUUAUGUCCAACGAGCUGGCUUUUGUAUUUAUCGGUGUCUCUAUUGUGUUUUGUGAUUUUUCUAGAUAAAAAGAAAAUGAAAUUGCGCAGCCAAUCCUACCGCGAAAUGGUUAAAAUACUCAAAGACGCUGGUGUCUAUGAGGAAGGAAUGCAAACUUCAGAGCUUAAGAAGCUUGCGCAGGACGUGGAAAUGUCCACCAUGGAGCAAAUCGAGGCAAACCAGGAAAACCAGCAAUUCGAAAGUGCCCGCAAUGAGGGCGAGCUGGAGGUUAAUUCAUCGCACCCCGUGGAGCUCCACCAAUCUACUGCCGACAUGCUGCCGUCUGUGCUGACGCCUCGAUUCUCGCUUGCGCCCAUGGCUGGUGAUGUGGGUGUGGAUGUCUCGCAGCCUGAUUGCGAUAGUCCUUCCAGUGAGCCCCUUCUGCUGACGCCUCGAUUCUCGCUUGCGCCCAUGGCUGGAGAUGUGGGUGCGGAUGUCUCACAGUCUGAUUGCGAUAGUCCUUCCAGUGAGUCCCAUCUGCUGACGCCUCGUUUCUCGCUUGCGCCCAUGGCUGGAGAUGUGGGUGCGGAUGUCUCACAGUCUGAUUGCGAUAGUCCUUCCAGUGAGCCCCAUCUGCUGACGCCUCGUUUCUCGCUUUCGCCCAUGGCUGGAGAUGUGGGUGCGGAUGUCUCACAGUCUGAUUGCGAUAGUCCUUCCAGUGAGCCCCAUCUGCUGACGCCUCGUUUCUCGCUUUCGCCCAUGGCUGGAGAUGUGGGUGCGGAUGUCUCACAGUCUGAUUGCGAUAGUCCUUCCAGUGAGCCCCAUCUGCUGACGCCUCGUUACUCGCUUUCGCCCAUGGCUGGAGAUGUGGGUGCGGAUGUCUCACAGUCUGAUUGCGAUAGUCCUCCCAGUAAGCCCCUUCUGCUGACUGUUCGUGCAGUUGUACAUCAUGCCCUUGACUGGAGCCCCUCGGCCGAGCGUCAAACUGUACGCGAGCGCAGUGCAGACGGGAACAGCCGCGUACUCCGUUCGCAUUCGAAGCGUGUCCAAACCAACAACAAAAACAAUACCAACAGUAGCAACUAAAUCAAUGCAGAUCAUUCAUCCCCAUCCACUUUAUAAAUCUUUGUAAUAUUUGAGCUUCGCUUCUAUCGCGGGGCAUUCUUCCUCAGACGGAAGAACGUUUUCAUCGGCUUUUCGCGUGCGUCCAGACAAGAGCCAUUUCCCUAACCCUAAAUUUCAUCCGACACACUCAGCCCCGGCGAUUAAAUAUAAUUAAAUAUAUUUGCAACUACGCUCUUAUUGAUGUUUCGAUAUGAUAAUUAUAAUUUGGAUUUAUAUUAAGAAACUUA